GCCUAAGGUCUGCUCUGCUGAAGGACUCAGUGACACUGCGACAUCUCCUAACGAAACUUUUCAUCUUUUUAUGGAACUUUUAUCUCGAGCUGAACCAAGGAAGUCACAUUUUAGAAAAGUGACUACUACGACUAAGAAAAAGACACAAAAAGCAUGCUUUGCCUCCGUGACCCAGGCGGCUGCUUACAGGAGCAGAUGCAGUACAUGAUGAGGUCGCUUCAGGAUCUGAAGCGACUGCGAAAAACCUGCCCUGAAGCCAGGCACCCCCUCGCCCCUCUGAACGCCCAGCUCCCGGCCUUAGUGCGUCACUCCGCCUUAGCGCGUGCUUGUCAGCAGCGAGCGCUGCAACGAGAGCAGCGUGCACGCCUGCGGAUAUCCAACGCCAGCACGGCCAGCACCUACGAUUCUGCCUGCUGCCUGGCGAGCCCUCUGGAGGAAGAAGAUGAGGAGGAGGAGGAGGAUGCGAGCAGCCGGUUGAGCCUCAGACAGGAUCUGCGCUCUCCCAGCAGUCAGAAGAGUUUAGAGUUCGAUUCGGGCUACUCUGAAGCUUCCUGGAAGGACGAUGGCGUUGUCCUCAGGAGGACGAGGAACGUGCGCGUCUCAUCGUCUGCCUGCCUGAGGACGAACAGAGCUCAGAGCGGGCGGAUUCGACCGAAAUCCACCUCUGACGCCUGUCUCGAAACAUGGACUUCAUUUGAGGUCGGUGAUCCAGAGGACUGGACAAACUCCUUGCUGACACGAGGACGCAACCGCCAGCCUUUGGUUCUAGGUGACAACAGCUUUGCAGACCUCAUACAGAACUGGAUGGACUUACCCGAUUGUCCUGAAGCCGCAGAACUUCAACCAAAUUCAAGACAAAAACUGGGAAGAGGCUUUUUUGGCAAUAUGCGAAGGAAACUCACUGGAUUUUCAAAAAGUGUGGAGGACAGAGUGAGGAUGAGGUCCACAGACUCCUCUUGUGUUGACCGAGCUGCCACUGCCUCCAAACGUCUGUCCUGUCCUGUUGUGGCGUCGCAGCCUAAAGUCCCUUUCUUCCAUCAGUCCCAUUCAGGCAUUAAUGAGAUGGACACAGACUUCUACCACUUUGCAGCCAUGAUGAAGUCUGGCAGCCGACAACCAAUCAUAUGCAAGGAUAUUAUUGGCUACAUCUGACGGAGCUUAAUUUAUAAAACGGACUUGAAAAUCCUCAG